GAGCCCUGUGCCAUCAGUCGAGCGUUUCCUGUUUCUGACAAGCACAGUGCACUGCUGCACGUUAGAGGCCCGUAUUUUAUCAAAGUGGAACACACACACACACACACACACACACACACAUGCACAGAGCGCCCUGCAGAGGAAAGCCUGCUAUCACUUUACAGAUACACAUCCACACGGAGGAUGUUCUGAUGGACUCCUAGUCUUCGAUUGUCCCUAGGUCAGUCAUGGCUGUGGUUAUGGGGUCCUUCCUCACACCGGAUAUCUGAGUAUGACCCUUUCAGCUGGUGAGCACAGAAGAAAAAAAAAUUGGAUUUUUUUUUAUUAUUGUGGUUUAAAUGUUUAAUGAAAACCAGCUGCUGAGGUGGUAUGGUUUUAUUUUUGGGAUCUCAUGGAGCCUCAUCUACAGUGAUGCAGCCUGAAGAGCCUGUGCGUCAGGAACUGCAGUUUUUUUAUGUGGGUGACCACACGUGGGCUACUAUGUUGGGGCAGAGUGUGAAGCUGCAACCGGUGGCCAUUCAGAGCCUGUCAGAACUGGAGCGAGCCCGGUUACAGGAGGUGGCUCUUUAUCACCUGGAGGAGAGAGAGCUGGAUUUCAAGAUCAGCAUUCCAAAAGAGAUUCGCAAGAUGAGGAAAUCACUAAGAAGAAAGUUUGAUUCUUUUUCCAAGGAAAAGAAAGAACGAGAAACAGCCCCCAAGGCGUUUGGGAUUCCUCUUUCGCAGGUGAUCGCUAAUGAUCGGGCCUAUAAACAGCGACAGGAUGCUCUGAAGGAGAGCCGACGGGAUUGUCUGGAGUUGGAGGCUAGCGUCAUGUACUUCCGUGCUGAAAAACGGCAUCAGAAUGGAAACCGGCCCAUGGUCAGCCGAGCCUCAACCUCCAGCGACGCAUCCUCAUCACUGUUGGAGCUCCACAACAAGCCACUUUCACCAACAUUCCUGGACAACAGCUCUCGCAGUCACAGAAGGGGAGGAUUGUCAGUGGACUCCAUCUCAGAUUUGGUAGAAAGUCAGUCCAGGCUGCUUGAGGCACUGCAGCUCUCUCAUCCGAACGAAUUGGAUAUCAAGAAGACGCCAACGGGCCGCACGCAGACCAAACUGAGCCUGAAUCCCAUUUACAGACAGGUGCCACGUGUCAUGGAACGCUGCUGCCAGCACAUAGACACAUACGGGUUGCAGACAGUGGGGAUUUUCCGAGUUGGAAGCUCUAAAAAGAGAGUCCGCCAACUGCGUGAGGACUUUGACAGUGGAACAGAUGUUGUACUGGAUGAUGAACACAGUGUUCAUGAUGUGGCAGCGCUAUUAAAGGAGUUCCUGAGGGACAUGCCGGACCCUCUGCUGCCCAGAGAGCUCUACUGCGCGUUUCUACAUGCUAACAAUUUGUGGGGUGCUGAUCAGUUGGCAUACCUGCAGCAGCUGUUGUAUCUGUUGCCUCCGUGUAACUGUGACACUCUGCUGAGGCUGCUGAGUUUAUUACACACAGUUCAGGAGCACGCUCAUGACUCCGUCGGCCCUGACCAGCAGGAGAUCCCAGGUAAUAAGAUGACAGCAGGUAACUUGGCCGUGAUUUUUGGGCCCAACCUGCUGCAGAAGGAGAAGGGAUCAGAUAAAGAUCUGAAGCCUGAGGCAAUGGGCAUCGAGGACAGUGCUGCCAUCAUCUCAGUCACCUUGCUCUUAAUCCAGCACUACAAAUAUCUCUUCACGGUUUCAGCAGAGCUCCAGCAGGAGGUGCUUAUGAGUCUCAUUCAGACCGAUCCAGAUGUCAUUGACUACCUGCUACGCAGGAAACUCAGUGGGAGCAGCAUGACAGUGGAGCCAGAAUUGGGACUACGCAGGGACACUCAGACGUCUCUGGACUCAGUGGGUCAGUCCAGUGAUGACAUGUCACCUAUCGAGGCUGUGUCCCCUUUGUUCACAGACACUGCUGGUGGAAGCAGUCUGAGCAGUGAGGUUUUUUUCAACGCGCUACGUGUCAGCACCAACAGCAAACGCACUUCAGACACUUCAUCCAAAUCCAUAGCCAACAUGCGACAGUUCCAUUCCCAUCACAACCUGCUGAGUCUCGUCCACCCGUCUACCCAGCUCCAGACUGAAGAGCGAGAGCUACAGGGGGGCACGGGGCUUUCCACUCCGGUCGAGGGUGUACAGUUCAGUCACCGACUGCAGGAUGACACCUCCCAGCCUCAGAGCCUGAAAGAAAGAAGUGUGUGGGUGCGACAGGGCUCCAGUGCCUCCUCUACUUCAGAGGACAACAAGCAACCAAGCAACUUCUGGGACUUUUUCACUGGCAAGGUGUCAGGCUCAGAGACUGUAGUAUGACCCCUAGAUGGCCUAGUGUAGUGUGCAUAGAGUGUGUGGACUUCUUCACCUGCUUCCUAGAGACUGAAAUACUCCCCUACUACAGAAACACACCUUAUAAUAAAACACCUUGUAGAUAUGAUAUAUAUAUAUAUAUAUAUUUUUGCAAUCGCUAAUCUUCCUGCUCCCUUUGUUUUGUGGUUUCCAUGCAGUGCAUGUUUAUGUAAGGCGAUGUUACAAACUCCAGGAGAGAAAUGAAGGCACUGUUUACCGGAAAUAUAGAAACCUAAAAGGCACGAUUAUGUGUAGAAAGUGUAUACGUGGGAUUAGUUUUUGAUAAAAAUGAAUGUGACCACAGAGCUCUAAAACAAGGAAUUUCACUGCAAAAUUUGAGCCGUUAACAUGGAGGUUCUAUAGUGUAAGAUUAUAUAAAUAUUAAAAUGUUCAUUAGUCUUUUACAAGAAUUUAUGCAAUCGUUCUGUGCAGAUUUGUUCAAAAUAAAUUGAACAGAAUUAAAUAACUCCCACAGAGCCGAAAUCUCCAAGGAACCUCCAAGUGCCAAGACAAUUUCACUGUUUCACCCACUUCAUAUCACACCCAGAACUCACACUACAAAACUGCGAUUCCCAAACCCUUCGUCUCAGACUCAACACUUUGGGAUUAAGACGUCUUGAGUCAGAGUAUUAAGAGCCUGAGAUUUAGCUGAUGAGUUGACUUACAAGAGACUUUUUGGGGGGAAAAGAGCACUGAUUAAAGCGAGUUAGAAAGGGCUCAGGGAAAUAAAUAUACACAACAUAUACACUAAGGUUCCAUUAUUUACAGUGUAAGUUAACAUGAUAACAAAGCCUGCAUUAAUUUAGCCGAAUACUAAGUCAGUGAUUACAUCUGCUUUAAACAGUGUUUGUUGCAGCAUUUCAGCUUACAAACUAAUGAAUUCAAUAUGUAAUUUUUAGGAGGCAGGAUUUCUCAUUCUGGCUGAAUAGUGGUUCUGUUCAUUUUUAUAUACUCAUAGGUUGAAUGCGUAUUAUCUACUGGAUAUAAUUCUAAAAAGUACAGACUUUCCUGAGUUGAAUUAUGUUCCUCCAUGAUGACAAGCACAUGUAAAUUUACAGUACUUUAAAGAUUUAGCACUCUGUUUACCCGUGAAAGUGAGAAUAGAGACAGCUGCACUUUUUAGAUUUCAUUCUGACCGAGGACACUGAAACGUCACAGACAUUUUGAUUUGAAUUUGUUUAGGCUAAUGUCCAUGUCACUAUAUCACCAUGUGAUCAGACUGUAGCUUUCACUGUGUGAGGAAAUCACACUCGGCUAGCAAAGGCUUCAGACGUUCAUAUCAUUAUCCAGACUGACUAUUUUCACUGCUGUGCUCAUUUUACACAACAUCUCUUAUUUUAAAUUAUGGGAAGAUAGCUAAUGCAAAAUGUAAGAAAUAAUGAUAUUUCUUUUUGGUGAAUUAGAUUCAUGGUAUUUUAAAGUUGUCAAAAUAUCCUGAUAUUUUUUGUUUAAUUUUUUUUUGCCAUAAUUCAGACACAAACAACUCACAGGUGUUUUCAGAAAUAUUAAGCAAAACAACAAAAUGUUAAAAUUUGGACAUCAGUGAGUGCAAGUGUUAACUGCAUUGUUAACAUCCUACUUAUAUUCUAUUAAUGCUGUAAUCAUAAUAUAAAUCAAAUUAGUAAAUGAAACCUGCAUGUCCACCAAAGCUGGAGAAAAUUUCCAUUUCGUCAUCUUAAAAAAGUCUACAUAAGUGCAUAUAUACAGAAUAUUCACAGGUUGAAUAAAAAAGUACAGCUUUUAGACUUUAUAGUGAUCAAGAUUUAGAAUUAGACGGAAUUAAUGCCAGUACAACAUUGCAGUAUAGUUUUUUUUUCUGCUCUACCUUUUGAAAGUAAGGUUUUAAUUAUCCCAUUCCUACAUUCCAGUGCAUUUCUAGUUUCCUCCUCCUUUCAGAAACUCUGUGGUCUUCUUGGCCAAGGCAGCUGCUUUUAUCUCCUUUAGAGAUGUGUGUACCAGUAUGAACAAUGCUUUCAAAUAAAAGUAUAAUCAUAAAUUUUGGCCAGUGAAUUUUUCUUGCAUUUUCUUGUAUAUGAACCAGAUGACCAAAAGGAUGCUGUUGCAUCUGUUUCCUUACAGAUGAUCCAGAAGGCCUUCUCUCCAAAACUUCUUCAGAGACCAGACUCAAUGUGCAAAAAGUUGAGCGGGAAACCGUGGCAAGGUGAACUUUUUUUAGAGAUCAUAUAAGCAUUUUUCUACUAAUCAGUUUUGUUUUUGUUUUUUUUUACUUUGGGAGAAUUCUUUUGAGUAAGAGUGGAGCGACGGUCAGCGAAGAUGAACACAGAAGGUGUAGUAGCACACUGAACCACAAGGAGGCAGACGUUACAUAAAAACCUCUCUCUCUCGAUGGUGUAAAUAGAAUGUACAAGGCACAUAAUCCAAUAAACUGUCUUUAUCUAUACAUAAAUAAAAGUAUCAUUGCUGUUAAAUCAUCUGA